GUCAGGGCACAAGUGCAACUUGGAGGGAUGCCGUGAAGCCGCACGAAAUUUGGCAAGAACGCGAACGCCCGAGCGAGCCAGCCGCUCACGAGAGAGAAAGCCGGCGGGCACAACAGCACAGAUCACCCGCCAACCGCAUCACACCACCCCGCACCACCACCACCAGCGGGAGCGUCUCCUCUCCUCUCCACCACGCGCCCGAUCGGGAUAUACCCCGGGAGGCGCGGGUCCAGGCGGAGCACCGGAGAUGCCGGCGGCGGCGACGUGGACGCCGUCCACCUGCUCCUCCUCCUCCUUGCCCUCGUCGUCGUUCAAGGUGGGGGUCGCGUCGUGGUCGCGCGGGAGUGCCCCCUCUCCUGCCCCAAGAUCGGUCGCCGCCGCGUCCACUCGCCGGCGUCCGCAAUUUGUUCGAGCAGUUGCCGACCUAAAUCCAGUGGUCCAGUUGCCGUUAACUGCUGAAAACGUCGAAUUGGUUCUGGAUGAAGUGCGCCCGUACCUUAUUGCAGAUGGAGGCAACAUCGCAUUGCAAGAGAUCGAUGUGAAUGUGGUGAGGUUGACGCUGCAGGGAGCAUGUGGAUCAUGCCCAAGCUCGGUGACCACAAUGAAGAUGGGCAUUGAGCGGCGCUUGAUGGAGAAAAUACCAGAGAUCCUCGCAGUUGAACCUAUCACAGAUAAGGAGAAGGGGCUUGAGCUGAAUGAAGGGAACGUUCAAAAGGUGCUCGCUGAGAUCAGACCAUACCUUGCUGGCACAGGAGGUGGUGAGCUCAAGUUCGUCACGAUCGUAGGUCCUAUUGUGAAAGUCCGACUUAGAGGUGCCGCUGCUCGUGUGACCACAGUUCGAGUGGCCCUAACUCAGAAGCUUCGAGAGAAGAUCCCGUCCAUCGCAACCGUCCAGCUGUUAUCGUGAAUUUGUCGAGAUUUGUGUGCCAGCUCCUGCACGAGCAUAGCAGCAGCAACUGUAGAGGAAAAGGGUGCAAAUGUGUCAAUGAUCACGGCUGUAGUUUCUCACCUCUUGCCAGCAGUCAGGCUGAGAUAUGUGACUAUUGAAGCAGCAAUUUGGAAG